GGGUGUUCGGCUGCCGGACGGCCCGGAAGCCGCUGUGAGGGGGGAAGCGGCGGUAGCAGGGACUCCCUCCGGGCCGGGAGGACGCGUGGGGCAGAGAACGGGGGGGAUUCUCUACGUGCGUCACGUCGCUCUCAGAAUCCCAGGGGGCUGGGGCAGGACAGGGCUGGAGGGUGAAGAGGAUGUAGCACCCGCAAGGGUACGUGUUGUGACGAUAUAAGCCCUUCUGCCCGCUGUUGGCCUAAUUAUAUGGAGUGGACCUUAAAAGCAAGUUUGGUAUUGCUCCUAAAGCACAUCGAUGGUUCUGCAAGUCUCUUGCAGUGUGAAAUGGCGUUAAACUGCAUGCCUUUCUGGUGGUGAGGUGUCUGGGAGCUCUGUGAGACAAAGAGAUUAGAAAGCCCAGGUGCUGACAGGAGGAGGGUGAUGCCCUGAUCUGAGGGAAUUUGGGGUGAGUUUUGACAUUGUCUCCAAGGGAACCAGGAUCUCACAACCCCAGAGUUCUCCUGUUCAUAGCUUUGCAGCAAAAAUAAAAAAGUUAUGGGUGGGUGCAGGUGUCCUGGAAAGCUUAAGAACAUCAGUGUAUCAGUCAGAGAUUCCUGGACCUUGGCACAUAAACGUUCAUCCUGUAUUAGCCCUUUGAGGAAUAUUGCAGUGCAUUAUCAAGUUUGGUGAGUGGUUAUGGUAACGUCACCUCACAUUACUGGCAAGGUUGCACUGGGAAUCCUUUGCUAACCUAAAUCUGUCUACAGCCUUUCAAAACUUGAACUAGUAUUCCUGAUGGGGAGUGCUGACCAAGAGGAGGAGGAUGGCAGUUGUAUAAAUUCAAGUUCAACAACACGGGUGGAAAGAAUGUAAGCCUUAUGUUUAGAAUUUUUUUAGCACGUUUAUUGUCAGAGUUUGACUGGUCUCGCUACCGCAGAAGAGAGCUAUCAUAGUGCACAAUAAUACAGUUCCGUUUACAGAUUUUCUGUUUCAAGUGGAAAAUUCGUACUUGGAGCCAUGGAGUGGAAACUAUUAUUGAGGCCAGGGUACUGGUAGCACAUUAUUUGAAGCUUCUUGCUUAUUUAUUAUUUAAUAUGGCAUGAGACCAUAACCCAUACCAGCACUUUAUGAGCUUGAAGCACCCCUCAACUUCUGCCUGAAAGAUCUAAAGCAGACUAGAAAACCAAACUAAUACCAGAGACGAGACCAUAAAAUGUAAUGGGGGAGGUGGACCCCUUCGGUCUUCAAAACUGCGAAUCCAGACACUGAGGAAUUUUAGUGCCAUUCAGACUCCAUUUUGGUUCUAACAUGGAUGUAGUUCAAUCAGCUGCCACAGGAGUCACAAUCGCUAAGCAAUCCUUCAAGAAAAUACCUAGUGUCCUUCUGGACAGCCUAGUGGAAGAACCUAAAAAAAGACAUGCUGUCCCAAAUCACCUUCUGGAAUCAAAGAUUUAUUCAGAACUUCAGAGCAGCAGAGUUGUACAGGCUGAGCCGGCCGUGUUACACUAUGGAGGGUAUGAACUUGGAAAACAUCAUCAUCAGACGCUGAAGCUGAUAAAUAUUUCUGGCAAUGUAAUAAACCUUCACAUAAUACCACCCCAGACAAAAUAUUUUCAGAUCAAAUACAACAAAACACACCGGCUUGUCCCUGGCUUGUCUUACGUGGUUACUGUUGAUUUUUGUCCUGAUGAGUGGCAAUAUUACUAUGACUGUAUCCGAAUUCACUGUCAGGGAGAAGAUACAUUACUUGUUCCUAUGCAUGCUUAUCCUGCAGUGAAUGUUGUAGAAUUUCCAUCAUUUAUAAACCUGUCUGAUGUAUCAGUUGGUCAGAGCAAGGAGUACGUUAUCCCGUUGCAGUGCAGCUGUCCAAUAGAUUUUGAAUUCCACAUUGAUUUUAUUCAGCCUCACAGAGCCUUCACUGUCCAUCCAACAUGCGGAAUCAUUCCAGGCAAUGGGAAAGUGGAAUUAACUGUGAAAUAUUCACCACUUGAGUAUGGAACAGCACAAAUGACAAUGCAGUUAUGGAUUUCACAGUUUCACUCAAAACCCUAUGUAUGUGUAUUCACAGGAACAUCAACCCCACUUCUGAGUCUAAUAAAAGAACAAUUUGAAGAUCAACAAAGUCAUACAGAGAAAAAAGCUGCAUCUGCAGGAAAAUCUCUGGUGUGGAGAAGACACAAAUUCAGCCAACCACGAUCCAGGCCUAUUCAAAAAGAAACUGAGUACCAGAACCUCAGAUUCCCCACAGACUUGUCAAAUCCAUAUGCUGUAGCUACUGUUUUGAAUCAGGAACCAGGCAAAUGGAAGAUUAAGGACUUGAAAGCAGCCCUUUGCCAAGGCAGUGAAGGGAUAAAAACAAGACAGAUGAAGGAAGCCAUAUUUCAACUAAAAGUCAAACAAAAUAUUCAGGAAGAGGAAGCAACUCAUCUCAGCUGGCAAGUUCAUAAGGGCAAAGAUCCAAUCUCUGUGGAAUUUAAAAAAGAGAUUAUUGAAAACCUACAGAGGGAAGAAGAGCAGUACAAGAUCCAAAGAGGAGAUCCUAUCAUAGAACACGAGUUUCAAAGGAACGAAGCAGAAGUUUCUUUCAGACGUGUUAUCCGGCCUGUGGACCAGCAUCCAAGUAUCAACCCCACCUUCAACUUGCUCCAUAAUGACCCUUGGGACAGCAGAAACAGGAUGCUGAGGAAAUUCCAACAAGCAGCAUACAAGAUUGUGACUCAGAUUCGGCUAAAUCGUUUACUGCUUCUGUUCCGUGGCCUAUCCAGAGAAGCCGGAGGUUUGGAGGAAGGCUCUGUGUCUGACAGCAAGAGUUUCAGCAAACCAGAGAAGAGUGAAGAAUGUAAGGGCUUUUCUUCCAACAUAUCUGAAGACCUUAUAUUGCCCUUCGAAUUCCCCUUUUUCAGUUCCCAUGAAUUGCACCGUGAUUUGGCACCUGAUGCUCUUGGCCUAGUUCCUGUUGGAUCUGUAGAUGUGAAAGUCAGACACAUUCUUCCUUUUUAUGACUUGAAGGUUCCUCAACAUUUCAGCAUUAUGAAGUAUCAGCCGUUUUGUACACACUAUGCAGCUACAAGUUACAAAACUCGAAAACUUUCCCGACCCCUGAGGCAGGGAGCCCAGGAUGAGCUUAACCUGCUGUCCCAGAGGACAGACUUUCACAAACCAUCGCUGGAAGAAGCAGCAGAAAAGGAUAUCAGCCUCUUAAAACUGGUUCCUCCCCAAGCUUUAGUUUACCCUGCAGAGACCAACCCGCUUCGCAUUUUUAACCCCACUCCAGGAUUAAUUCCAGUUUUACGUCCUUUGGCCUAUUCUGAAACAAAUAUUGAAUAUCAUCUUUGUCCUCAUCCAAAAUAUACUUUUACCAAGGAAUGCCCCAAAGGAUCCAGUAUUCCAGUCACACAAAAGAAAUUUCUGCAUCACAAGGAAGCAUCUUUUAAAUCUGGAGAACUGCAGCUUCCCAGCCAAGAAGAAGUGAUUUGUGGAGUAAUGGAAUGGAGAAGAUUCUUACCAGUGGUGUAUUCCACUUUUUCAAACACUCCAUCACUGACAAGUAUAACACCUAGGGAUCCUUACAGUUUAGAUAUGCUUCCAAGAGAUGUGCCACCAGUGCUGCAUGACUUACCUGAGGUAGACAGGGAGAACAUAAUUGACCAUGAGACAGAUGAAACUGAGCUCAAAAUGAUUCUUACUCCAGAGAUGGUGAGAGCUGAAUUUCCACAAAUUGGGCAGUCGCUCUCAGAAGAAGGCAAGGAGGAAUCAGUGAAAGAUGGAAGUGAGACAGUGUUGGAUGGUGCAUUUCCUGGAGACCCGCACAAGCAUCCAGAUGGACAUUUUCAACUCCAAAACAACGAGCUCAGACAGAAGGUUCAAAAACAUGUGGAGAAAAUGAAGCAGAAAGCACUUAAUAAAGCCCUCAUUCUAGGAUAAGAGUAAUUUCACAAAACCCGUGGUUUGGUUCUGCUUAUCCUGUUAAUGUGUGAGGUCUUCUAUGUCCCAGCUACAUGUACUUAUGUUCAGUAAGGUCAGCAACUUCUUAUGCAAAGAGGAGAGAACCACCAGUAGUGCCACCUUUGUCAAGGACUCUCACUGUGACCAUUACUCCAAACAUGGUAGUUGCUACAAUGAGAAUCCUCAGCCAUGUACCUGCUCAUUUUGUCCUGGUGUGAUGGACCAGAAAUCCACAGUACUACCAUGUAAAUAGUUUGGUAAUUAAUUCACAGCCCACUGUUUUCAAAUAAAAUGUGAAAAGUCCUCAUGACCAAA